AAAUAAAUGGAUUAUUAUAAAGUAUUAGAAUUGCCAAGAAGUGCAAAUGAAGCAGAAAUUAAGAAAGCAUAUAGAAAGUUAGCACUUAAAUGGCAUCCAGUAUUUAUAUAAAAAAUUGUUAAUAGGAUAAAAAUCCAGAUAAUAAAGAUAUUGCAACAAAAAAGUUUAAAGAAAUAGCAGAAGCUUAUGAAGUACUUUCAAAACCUGAGAAGAAAUCUCAUUAUGAUAAAUAUGGACAUCAAUAACCACCUUCGACUCCAAAUUAUUAAUAAUCUAACAAUUAUGGAAAUAAUCAAUAUUAACAAAACUUUAAUGAUUUUUAAGGAUUUUCUUCAGGAUUCUAAAAUGAAUUUAAUAAUUUCAAUAAUAGAUCUAAUAAAUAUACAGAAUAAUCUUUUGGAUUCCCUUAAUUUAAUAGAAUGCCAGAUUUGAAUAGAUUCUUUUUUGGUGAUAAUUUUGAUCCAUUUGAAGUUUUCUAGAACUUUUUCAAAAAUGAUCCAUUUUUUAAUUAAGACUUUUUUGGAAAUAAUUAAUAAUAAAAAACAAGUUUAACAAAAGCAAAUUCUUAUAAGAGUGACUUUGAUGAUGAUUUCUUCAAACCAGUUUACUAAAAUAGUUCUAAUUAAAAUAUUAAUUAGAUCAGAGGGUAAACUCAUAAAACAAUAUAAUCUACUACAACUACAAUGUAAAUUAAGAUAAUAAAUAAUUUAGGAAUGGUUAAACAGUUUAAAGAGUUAAAACAACAAUAAUUCAUCCAGAUGGAAGAAAAGAAAUAAAAGAAGAGAUAAAACCAUUAUCUUAGUUAUAAAAACAUAACAGUGCCAUUUACUGAUAAUAUUAUUAUAUAAUUGAAAAUAAG